UUCGCGGUGGUCCACUUGUGUUGGAAGAGGUACACGCCUGAGAAGCGGUUUGCGCUGAAGGUGAUCAACACCCGUGUUGGUGACACGGCCAGCUUGAAUCGAAUUCGCGAGGAGAUUAAUAUCUUGCAGACAUUGGGCAAUCAUCCUGGAAUGGUGUCUCUCAUCGACGUCGACGAGACCCUUGUCGGCAACAUCCGUUUAGUGCUGGAGCUCUGCGAAGGCGGUGAGCUCUACGAUCGCAUUCAGCAGAAGCAGUAUCCGGCUGCCUCCGACAAGCCCCGCCAGCGUGCCAGGGCAGGCGGUUGCAUCAUCAAACGUCCACAGAAACCCAACCACAUAGCUCACAAACAUUCUAACACACCCCAACGUGCCAAAGCCACGGUGGCGGACUACCCGGAGCACGAGGCCAAGGCCUGCUGCCGACAGCUCAUGGAGGCCGUCUCCUUCAUCCACGCCAACGGCAUAAUGCACAGGGAUCUGAAGCCUGAAAACAUCCUCUUGGCCAGCAAGGUGAGCAACACAGACAUCAAGAUCUCGGACUUUGGGCUGGCAAAGAUCUCGCGCGACUUCCCGCGCAAGUUACCGAGGUCGCACUCCAUUUGCGGAUCGGAUUUUUACUUGGCUCCCGAGGUGAUCAAGCAGGAAGAAUACGGCCGCGAGAUCGACGUCUGGGCGGUGGGCGUGAUUACCUACGUCUUGCUCAGCGGCUCGCUGCCGUUUUUCCACAACGUGCUCCACAAGCUCUACCGGCAGGACCUCAGCUUCCCCGAGCAGGCGUGGAAGAACGUGUCCAAGGGCGCCUUGGACUUCAUCCUCAGGCUGCUGCAGGUGCGCGCCGGGGACCGGCUCACGGCCGACCAGGCACUCAGCCACCCGUGGCUCCGCGGGACUGGCGGGUCCAGCUUCACCAGCUUCGAGAGCGGCGCGCCCUCGCGGCGCUCGGGGGGCGCCGCCGGGCCGCACCCUGGCGGCUGCGGCGCCCCGCAGCCCAGCGUGCUCACCUCGGGCUCACUCUCGCGCGAAAGCUCGGACGUGUCGUUGCAAGCCAGGCGACACGGCGCCGCAGUGCACCCACUGGAGCACGCGCACAUGGUCGCCAGGAUCAAGGCCGCGCCGGGGCGGUACGGCCCGCCGCCGGGCAGCGUGGCGCCCCACUUCUGA